AUGGAGCCCGUACAUCAUCAACCAGGCACCGAGCAGGACCGCCGCCGACGGCGGAACCCCAUGACCGCACAUCAUUCGGACGAAAGCGUCCAGCUGGACGAUGAACUGGUGUGCAUCCUCAUGGAGAUUGAGCGUGGCUACUUGGACUUCCCCAGGCCCUUGCAAAUUCGCAUUGAGAAGUGGGUAGACAAAAUAUCCCAGCCCAUCGUGCAUUUGCAGUGGAAGAAGAAUGCCAACUACUAUGCCAUCCUGUUGCUCGACAUGGUUCGCCGAGGGGUGUUUCGAGCUCCAUUUGACAAGACACCGCCAUUUGGUCCAUUGCAAACCCUUCCUCGACACAUGAUCUGCGCCCUAGAUGGAAUGCAAAAGCAACCGCGGCAACCACCGCCGCCGCAUCCACAGAACGCAUGGCUCAAGGCUUAUGAGCGAGUCGUGAGGCGCACUCGUACGACUACUACCACAGAAGCCACCGAAUCGAAAGCCAAGAUGACAUCCCUAGCUUUAUUGCUACCACCUUCACAACUACCGGAACGAGAUCCACGGCGUCCGUCGUUGUCGUAUGUUGAAAUAGCCAAUGAAAGAUUGACCCGCCUUGAAGCAGACUUGGCGGCGGAACAAGCCACAAACAGGUCACUGGACCAGCAAUUGGAGGAGCUCACGACGCUUUGCAAGACACAGUCAGCGACGAUCGAGGCGUUGAAAGCAGAGCUGCUAGCGGUGCGGGCCAGCCAUACGCGUGAACUGGACCGAUUGAACAUGUUGCAUGCCGUGGAAGUCGACGAGUUGAAGAAGAAACACCACCGACACAUGCAAGAUGCCAUCAUAUCCAACCAACAUACCAUUGCGACCCGACAAGCUCUGGCCAAGACGGAGACUUUCAUGGGCGGCAUUGACGACCACGACGGGGUCCAAGACUUCCUUGCAUACAUCGAUCGAUUUCACGUAGAAACGACCGCCUUGACCAAGUCCGCCUCCGCAACUCACAAAUGAGUUUUCCAUUCCCUUUCGAUUUAGGCGUUUUAAUUUUG